AUGAAGGUCUAUUACGACAAGAUUCGCAAGUCCCAAGAAUUUGAGGUGGGUCCGUUAGUGCUACUGGACGGAAGGAAUCUUAAUAAUCGACACAAAGGUUUCGUCAAGACAUCCAAGUUGGCGCCACGUUUUGUGGGUCCAUCCCCUAUCCUGGAGAAGAAAAACCAGAAGGACGCCAAUCGCCGUCAGAAAGCGAGCAAGGUACUGUUGGCUGACGGAACAACCGAAGGACAACUCGUCGAAGCUGUCAUAGAUUAUUGA